AUGGAUUUUCUAACAUUAAGCGGCAACGACAGCAACACAACCAGUGGUUACCCUGAAGGCAAGGACGUGGUUGGCGACUUUCUCGGGCGCGAGAAUGGCACGGGUUCUGGUUCCCAGCCGGGUCUGAUGUUGUCUUACCAGAUUAUCACCUCUCUGCUUCUGGGGGCCCUUAUUCUCUGCUCCAUUUUUGGUAAUGCGUGCGUUGUGGCAGCCAUCGCCUUGGAGAGAUCUCUCCAAAAUGUUGCCAACUAUCUGAUCGGAUCAUUGGCCGUGACAGACUUGAUGGUGUCAGUGCUGGUUCUACCGAUGGCGGCACUCUACCAGGUCCUAAACAAGUGGACUUUAGGACAGGAGAUCUGUGAUUUAUUCAUCUCACUGGACGUACUUUGCUGCACAUCUUCAAUCCUGCAUCUGUGCGCAAUUGCCUUGGACAGGUACUGGGCCAUAACAGACCCAAUUGACUAUGUAAAUAAACGAACACCAAUGCGCGCUGUGCUCUUGAUUUGCGCAACUUGGCUAAUUGGUUUCUCCAUAUCCAUCCCACCCAUGUUAGGGUGGAGAAGCGCCGAAGACAGAGCGAAUCCCGACGCCUGCAUGAUCAGCCAGGACCCGGGAUACACUAUCUAUUCCACUUUCGGGGCUUUCUACAUUCCGCUCAUCCUCAUGUUGGUCCUCUACGGGCGGAUAUUCAGAGCUGCUCGGUUUCGGAUUCGAAAGACGGUGAAGAAAAUCGAGACAGCAAAAGUUUCGGACAAAUGCUUGGCUGUGUCUCCAGCCUUUUUUCACAAAAAGAGCAACGGACAGAGCGGCGGGAGAGGCUGGAAGCGCUGCGAUGGAUCCAAACCCAGCUCUCCGUGCGUUAACGGCGCUGUGAUGCACGGAGACGAGGGCGAAUCACUGGAAAUCAUAGAAGUUAUCAGCAACUCAAAGACGCACUUGCCUCUGCCCAACACCCCUCAGUCGUCCUCCCAUGGCUAUGAAAACAUGAAUGAAAGGAACUCGGGAGCCAAAAGAAAGCUGGCGCUCUCCAGGGAGCGCAAAACCGUGAAAACACUCGGGAUCAUCAUGGGAACUUUCAUCUUCUGCUGGCUGCCCUUUUUUAUUGUCGCGCUUGUUCUCCCUUUCUGUCCAGAAAGCUGCUUCAUGCCGGACUGGCUAGGCGCAGUUAUAAACUGGCUGGGCUACUCUAACUCUCUUUUAAACCCCAUCAUAUAUGCGUAUUUCAACAAAGACUUCCAAAAUGCAUUUAAGAAGAUCAUAAAAUGCAAAUUUCACAGACCAUAGUCACACAGUGGAAAUAUUUUACUGUAUGAUUGGAGCUCAAACAGCAGGAAAAAAAAACUUUUAUUCAGGGACGGUUUGUGAUUGAGAACUGUAUAAAAAUAAACCACCAAAUGAGGAAGAAAAUACAUUAUUUAUAAAUGUAGAAGCUCAUGUCUCUUCACUGUUGUUGCCAUCAUAUAGCCUUAGUGCAGGACAGCCAUUGAUGUAUUGCCAUGCAAGAAGUGUCUGUGCUGAUUCCAUGCGUUUUAUCAUGAGGCACAUGGGGUAUCCUUCCAUGAGCUUUGUAGCACUAAAACAAUAAAAGCAAUCCGUUUGUCAUUGAGAGAUCUGAGUUCAUUUUUGUUUGGAUAAUAAGAAUUAAUGAAGCAGGCUUCUAUUGAGCUGUCUCAGCAUUAAUCUCCAUAAAGGUUAAGGCACAAGGACUGAAUCAUUUUCUGUGUUGUCAGGCAAACAAAGCAGUAAGGAACAUUCAUUUGCUUUGAAAGUCUGCUGUAAUGUGGAAGGGAGAAAAACAGCUACUCAAAGUGCAGUGGAUACCAGCUGUUAAAUGUAUAUUUUUAAAUGUUGGGGCUCUCUGACGUAUUGAAUGUUUUCUGUCUGUCUUUUGAUCAAAACUCUAAAAACAACUUCUAAGUGAAACAGAAACAAUUCAAGAAUAUGAUAUUAGAAAAUAAA